AUGUUAUCGAUAAAACGGGUGGUGGGCUUCGCGACCUGGGAGGACAUGGACGUUGUUAUUGUGUUUAAUGCGCUGGAGGUCUUGUUGACCGCACCUUCUUGCCCACUCUCCUCCAUUUCUCCCUUCUGCACCAACUGCGAACCCCACGUUCUUGCAGCCAUCAACACGUACAGGUGCAUCCGCCAGAAACCAGGCGCAUUGUUAGGCUCUAUUGCGACCUCGAUCGAACAACUCAUACACCCUGAAUCUUCUGUUACUUCUCGAGCCCGCUACCUACGGCUGUCCCGUCCGAUAGCCCGGUGUGUAACCACAGGUCGACUCUUGCGCGCCCAAAGCUCCGCCAAAGUCACGACGACUACGGACUACAAGCAUCUCUACUGGUACCAGACCGGCUGCCCACGCGCCUCCUCGACGCAGCACUCCGCAUCGCCUUCUACCAGGAACAAAGUACCGUAUUCUCGCCUCGGGGCUGCUGAUUCGACCUGA